GGAGAAGCCAGAGCCGCCAUUUUCAUUCCGCUGAGAGACAAAAGAGAGGAAGGAGCCGGAGAGCCGGGCCGAGGGAGGACCUCAGAGACGUUCGAAACGGGUAAGCCACACGUUAAAGGAGGACAGAUCUGAGAAGCUAUUUUGCGGCUCGCCCUCUCUAAUGUGCAGUAACAAUGAGCCCAGCAUUCGGAGCCAUGGAAGUGGAGCACUACGGAAAGGGAGUCCUGCUCGAGCCUUUUUUACACCAGGUCGGAGGACAUUCUUGUGUCCUUCGCUUUAACGACAAGACCAUCUGUAAGCCUCUAAUUCAAAGGGAGCACCUGUUUUACGAAACGCUCCCUGCCGAAAUCCGAAAAUUCACACCACAGUACAAAGGUGUGGUGUCGGUCAGCUUCGAAGAGGACGAACAUGGCAAUCUAUGCCUAAUAGCCUAUCCCUUAAAGCGGGACCAAGACAACCUAGAAAACGUAGACUAUUCAGACUGCAGCGAGCCAAAAAGUAAAGUGCUCAGGUGGUCUAACAAGAAGGCCCUCCUGCUGGAGAACGACAACCUUGCCAAGGAAAGAGUUCGACAGCACCGGAAGGAGGAGAAAAUCAAGAGCCACAUGCUAGAAGAAGAGUUUGAAUGGUUAAAGAAAUCUGAAGUCUUGUAUUAUAGUGUGGAGAAGAAAGGGAAUGUUAGUUCGCAAUUUAAGCACAAUCCUUGGAGUAUGAAAUGCCACCAGCAACAGCUCCAGCGAAUGAAGGAAAACGCCAAACACAGGAACCAAUACAAAUUCAUCUUAUUGGAAAACCUGACAUGUCGGUAUCAAGUACCAUGCGUCCUUGACCUGAAGAUGGGCACGCGACAGCAUGGGGACGACGCAUCGGAGGAGAAAAAAGCUAACCAGAUCCAGAAGUGUCAGCAAAGCACAUCUGCAAUCAUUGGGGUUCGUGUUUGUGGGAUGCAGGUCUAUCAAGCUGGGACGGGGCAGUUAAUGUUUAUGAACAAAUACCACGGCAGGAAGCUUUCGGUUCAGGGUUUUAAAGAAGCACUUUACCAGUUUUUUCACAAUGGCAAAAUCCUACGCCGGGAACUGAUAGACCCUGUCCUUAAAAAACUGACAGAACUCAAAAUGGUUUUAGAAAAACAGGAGUCUUACCGGUUUUAUUCCAGCUCCCUGCUCAUCAUCUACGAUGGGAAGGAGUUACAGGAAGUUUCCAUGGACUCAGACCCCGAAGAUCUGGGGGACUUGUCGGAGGAGUCUUCGGACGAAUCGGCGGGGGCCUACGCCUACAAACCUUCUAGUAAUAAACACAGCUCCAGCAGCACGGUCGACGUGCGGAUGAUAGACUUUGCGCACACCACCUGCAAAUUUUACAGGGAAGACAGCGUUGUACACGAAGGCCUAGACACCGGCUACAUUUUCGGACUCCAAAAUUUAAUAGCCAUUAUUAAAGAAAUAAGAGAUGAAAAUGGAGAGUGAAAAAACCUGGAAGAAACUACAUUUCGUACUGAAGCACUAUAACUAACUAAUGUUAAUUCCAAAACGACGGCCACUAUGUGGUGGUCGAAAUCAAGACAGGGUUCCAUGGGUGUGACCCGUGAGACGACCUGUCCAAAAAUAAAAAAAAAUAAAAAACAAGAGGGCAUUUACUUAGCUGUGCUGGACAGAGCACCGGUUAAUAUUGUUAUACUUUAUUUAUUUUAAAUAUUUCUAAAACAUUCCAUAUUUGAUGAUUCAAAUACCUCUGUUACACCUGUGUGUAUAUAUAUUAUUUUUUUCAAUAAACUUCCUUUUUUUUUUUCUUAUCCUCUCCUCCCCCACUUUUUUUUUUGUCUACCCUCUCCCUUCACCCUUUUUUUUGUUUUUGUUUGUCGUGUUGCAGCCACCAGCCGUGGAAAUCAAAUGGACUCUAUUUAACAUUAAGCUUGGCCCUCUGUUACAUACCUGAGGCUAUAACGUUUGCCUGAACUACAGUUUAUAUGCCAGAUUAUCCAUUAUUGCAUACAGAAAGCUAAUGAAAAACACAAAAAAAAAAUAAUGACUCUGUAUUGGAUAUUAUUGCCUGGUCCUAGCAUUGUAAUCUAAAAUUUCUAUUUAUUGGGCCCCCGAGCCCAAGUUACAAUAGCAGUGUGGAACAUGAUGUAACUUCAUGAACAUAUGUGCCUUUUUGAAUCACACGCAAAUACGAAAUGUCAACCGGGCCGAGGCCCCCCCCCCGCUUUGUGUGAAUCAAAUUGAUAUGUUCCUCCGAUAAGCCUUGAAGUUUACCACAAAUGCGUUCCAUGUCAUUUGCACUUUUUAUUUUAUUUGCUUCUUUGAAGAGAUCAUUAAACCAAAUACAAUUUUU